UUGAAAUCAGCAACGUGUAAUAGACGAACAUGAGGUUGUUUUAUAUAACGAUUCUGUCCUGCGCGAUCGUCGCCCAAGCGGAAAAGCCUAAAGGGAAAAGGACCACGGUGGACACCCACCAAGGUUUCUCGCCUCAAUACAGCCAGGCCCAGUACCAACAGGCUGCCAGAGAACAACCUGAAUAUUUGACCCAAUCGCUCCAACAAUACUACCAACAACCUGAGGCUACCCAGGCUCAGGCUGUAGCCUAUCAACCAUCGCCUAAAUUCGCCGCUGCUUCUGCCGCGCAAUCUCCAAAGUACACAUACACGCAACAACCGAAGCAACAAGUCCACUAUUCCUCAGCUGCGGACGUAUCGAGCUUCAGCUACUCCAGCCCGGUGGUAUCCUACAACAACUUAGGACUCCUGCAGCAAUUAGCGGGCAAAGGAGCAUCGUCGCAAGACGUUCCGGUGUCCUACACACCAUCGGCCCAACCGUCCAAACAACAGUACCAACCGCAACCGAAAUUGCAGUACGUUUCGGCGCCCAAAGUCCAGUACACCUCCGCUCCCGUGCAGUACUCCGCGCCCGCGAAGCCCCAGUACAAAACCCAACCGGCCGCGGUGGCCGUAAACGCCUACAGCGCCUCGAACGCGGCCCCCAACUACGAGGAGAUCUACCAGCAGAUCGCGCAGAAGGCCAGCUACGCGGCGCCCGAGCAACAGCCGCAGGCGUACUCGCCCCAGCAGAAGUUCGUGUACACGCAGGCGGAUCCCCGGUUGGUGUACCAGCUGGCCAAGGGCCAGCAGCCCGGCCAGGAGGAGGCCUACUCGGCGGCGCCGUCGCAGCAGUACUCGUUCCAGCUGCCCCAGGAGGUGGAGAACCAGCACCAGCAGCACCAGCAGUUGGUCUACGCGCAGCCGGCGCAGGCGCAACAGCACCAGUAUUAUACUGUGGGAGCUCAGAGCGCUCAGAGCGCUCAGGCGAAAGGAAACGUGCAGUACGCUUGAGGUUAAUGUAGGAAUUAUUUAUUUUGUUUUAUCUUUA